AAACCACUGACCUACACCACUGCUCUACUGGCCCACACCUUCAGUCUCGCUGGAGAAGAAGACAUCCGAGCUGAGCUUCUGAAACACUUGGACAGUGUAGCAACCUCUGAUGGGUGUCUCCUGCACUGGUCUCAGUCCUCAUCAGAGCGAGCGGAUUCUCUGGCGGUGGAGACAAGCUCUUAUGUGCUGUUAGCUGUUCUCACCAAACCCACACUGACUGCUGCUGACUUAGGCUAUGCUUCCAGGAUUGUCAACUGGCUGGGGAAGCAGCAAAAUCCAUAUGGAGGCUUCUCUUCCACACAGGACACGGUGGUGGCACUGCAGGCUCUGGCUCUGUACGCCACCAAGGUCUUCAGCCCUCAUGGCUUCAACACAGUGACCGUGCAGUCAGCAGGUGGCGACAAACACCAGUUUGAUGUGAACCAGUACAACACAUUACUGUACCAGGAC